UACCUGGAUAAAAUUUAACUUCAAUUUUUUCAAGAUGAUAAAAUGUACUGGAAGGCAGCUAGAGUAAUCGCAAAACGAGAACUGGGUGAUAGAAGUCUCGCAAAAAGAGCGCCAUCAGCAGACGUAGAAGCAUCCUCGUAUGCUCUUUUAACAUACAUAAAACUAGAGAGAGCAUCGGAGGCUUUUCCAAUUGUGAAAUGGCUUGUGUCGCAACGAAAUCCAACCGGGGGACAGCGUUCAACUCAAGAUACUAUCAUAUCUUUGCAAGCUCUUUCCGAAUAUUCAAGCAAUGAAGACAUUGGCCCACCUCCUGAUUACAGUGUACAUUUUAAUGUCUUAAGCGGUCAAAAUUCAAUCGGCACCUACUCGGUCACUCCUUCCACCUUCGAUGUCGAGCGCAGUAUAGAGAUACCAAACACUCUGGAUGUUGUCGAUAUUAUACUCACUGGAACGGGUUCAGCAGUAAUCGAUGUUACAACCUCCUAUUACGUGACUGGAAGUGAACAUGAUGACUAUAUUGGUGUGAAUAUUUCAGUAACGAAAGAGACAAUAAAUACAGCAACGAUAAAAGCAUGUCUGAGUUGGAUUGGACCAGAACCGAGUGGUAUGCUGAUAAUGGAAGUUGAAAUGCCGACUGGAUUUCAACCUGAUAAUGAUUUUCUGAAAGCGCAAGAUUUGAUAAAACGACAUGAAACGAGUGGACGGAAUAUCGCUCUUUACUUCGAUGGUAUUGACCAGAAUGGAGAAUUAUGUGUUGAUGUUAAAAUGGACAGAAAAGACCCAGUUGUUAAAAGUCAAGCAUGCCAUGUAACAGCAUAUGACUAUUACGAACCAGCCCACCAAGCAAUGACCAGAUAUGAAUUUGGAUUGUUAAAAGAAGCAAAUAUUUGUCUAGUGUGCCCACUUUGUGAAUUCUGCACGGGCAGUGGUGGACAGGGUGGUGUAGGACGUUAGGUCUGUGGAGAGAAAUGUUGUAUCCUAGUAACCCUCUGAAGACGCUUUGCAUUUAUUUCGGCGAAUCAUACUGAUGGACCUAAAACACUAUUUUCAAACCUUCUGUAAAAUACUCCUUAUGGAAAAUCAUUUUAAUUGUCUACCAACGGAAUUUUGAUAAUUGGUGAUAUUGUCUUAAAGAAAUCUAUUUUCUCGUGGUCUUGACCAAUAAUUUGGGAAAGUUACCAUUUCGUUUCGUACUGGUAACAGGAAGAGUUUGGUAUAGUUGGAAUGAUAGCUAUAAUUUCCUCCACACACCUCUAUUUCAGCUGAAAUUGUACUCGAAAAUGUGCAUUAUUCCACGUAGAAAAACGACUCAAUUAUAUUCAAUGAUCAGUGAUACUGAACACUUGAUUAUUCAUUGUUUUACAUUCUGAUUAUCUACCAUUUUGUCACAAAAAUUCCUGCAUGCAAAAUGGAUUUUACAUGUUUUGUUAUUUUUAAAUUGUUAAUGCUGAAGUUUUAAUUUUUAUACGCCGUACUUCUUUCUCUUAGUCCUAAUUUGCUAAUCACUAACUGUAAAUUUCAUAAUACCCUUUACAAGUGUUUUAUCAGCACUCAUUAUUCGCUUAGUUUUCAUUUAGAAAGUAUUUUUCAUACUUUCAAACUUAGAAGUUAUAAUAGGAAACUUGUCUCGUACGCAUUUAAAAGUUAAAAUCUGAAAAUAGAAUUUAGAAGGGUACCAGUGAUAUUGGUAUCCAGCUACAUAGAAAUUAUAACAAAGAAGGAACCAGAAAUACCGGAUCCCUUUUAAAACAGAGGGCGCUUCAAUUGGAUAUUCCAGAAAAUAUCCGCACCCCAUGGCCAUAGAAGGCAUUUCCACCCACACAUACCCCCCUUGGAACACCCCUAAAACACCCCACGUGGACAGGCAUAAGUAGGGGAAACACCCUCCAGACAAAGUAAUUUGACACAGUGUAUCCUCUGGACAACCUAUGGAAGGCAUUUUUUCAGAAAACAGCACCAUGUACAAACUGUCUCCAGAGACACCCCCACCCCUGGACAACCUAUGGAAGGCAUUUUUUUUCCUGAAAAGCAAUCCCCUGGAAAAGUUUUCUCAAAAGACACCCACUCGACAACCUAUUUUUCAGGCAAAAUGCCUUCCAUAUAGGUUGUCCAGGGGAUGUCUGUCCAUCUCUGGAGACAGCUUGUCUAAGGGAGUAUUUUUCAGGCAAUAUGCCUGUUGAAGGGGGGCGGGUGGGGGUCUUUUGAGACGGCUUUUCCAGAGGUGUUUCAGACUGCUCUUCUAUUUUUUCAGGAGUGGGGGCUGCCUUCCAUAGGUUGUACAGUGGGUGUCUGUUUAAGGGGGAGGGGGGGGGGGUCUUUUCAGACGGCUUUUCCAGAGGUGUAUCCUUCAGAAAAAAUGCCUGUUCCAUAUAGGUUGUUCAAGUGUUUUCUGUUCAGGGGCGUCUCUGGAGACAGCUUGUCAAGGUGGGCGGGGUUAAGGAAAAAUGCCUUUCAUAUAGGUUGUCCCGUGGGUAUCUAUUUAAGGGGGAUCUUUUACGACGGCUUUUCCAAUGGUGUUUUUCAGAACAAAGUACCUUCCAUAGGUUUUUCGGGGGAGGGAGGGGUCUGUCCAGGGUGGGGAUCUCUGGAGACAGCCUGUACAUGUUUUUCUUUCAGGAAAAAGCCUUCCAUAGUUUGUCAAGGGGAUGAGCGUCCAGGGGUCGGGGUCUUUCAAGAUGGCUUGUCCAGUGGGGUGGUAUUCUUCUGGACAAAUGCCUUCCAUAGGUUGUCCAGGGGGUACACUGUGUCAAAUUACUUUGUCCAGGGGUGUUUCCCAAGAAAUUGUGACAAAGAAUAUUAGAAUAUUAAUUUACCAUUGUAUCAAUGUAAUUUAAAUGCAAGAAUAAGUCAUUUACAUGAAUGGGUUUUUUACUUAAAUAUCCUUCCAUAUGUUUUUGUAUCACCUGUUAGGAGUAAUCUAUAACACAUUAUUUUUGUGUUUCUAGUCUAACAGGUUUUCUUUCCUUUUAACAUUUAAGCUGUUGUCGCAAGAAUUUGUCCACCGUUAUAUGUCGCAACACCGACGCUAAAUGUCUCAAUGCCUAUUCUAAACUAAGACGAAUAUUAAUAGUUCACUAUGCAUUCUUUUUUCAUAUUUUAUAUAAAAAAGACUUGACCCGAUGAAUGUCUUUAGUACACAUAUAAACAUUACUCAAAUUAUUUUCUCUAAGAAAAUUAUUUUAUAAUUUCUAACGGAUUUUCAGUAAAUACGCACUACCCUAUAUAGUAAUUUAGUAAUCUUUGAAUGGGUACUGUAGUUAAUCCAUACUGUCCGUCAGUUCCGUUGAGUCGUUUUGUUAUGAAAAUAAAUAUAUCUUCAACUAGAAAGUAUCGUUAAUUUCGUUAUAUAAACACUUAAAGUAUUUUCCCAGACGUGCCUAACAAUUUGUAGUGCGCUCAAGAUAAUAUGUCAAGUGUUCGAGAAAACUUAUCUUUCAACAUGAGAGUUAUAAUGGCCUGGAAUAAAAAGUAACAUUAAUUGGAUACUUUCAUUCAGUAAACUAUAUAUUCCAAUUCAAAUAACGGUAUUCUGUAAACCUUAUUCUAGCAUAUGUUACAAAAUUCUGAAAACACUUGUCAUCCGCCGUAUUACAUUGUAAUGCUUUGUGCUAUGUGUUAAUUCACCGAUGCACGACAUACGAUACAACGCCCGACAUUACGAAUCGAGGCCCGACACGACGCUCGACAAAGAUACGCCGGGCAACAUGUGCACGACGCGCGACUUUACUAUCGCAUAAGCUAAACAGGACUUCGUUGGUUUAUGUAGUUUAAUCUAAGUAAACUGGCAAGUACCGCGUCGAGGCUCAAACCUUUAAAUAUCACAUCAAUUGCAUAGGUAUGGUGCGGUAGCAUUUAAAAAACAAACAUGCCGUUCAGCACAGUAAAUACUAUGUACUUUCUAAGCCUUUCACAUAGUCCACACAACGCAUAUUCUGGCAUACACACACAAAUAAUCUUAUCCCAGGUUCAAAAUUAUUGAAAGUAAUAUUUAAUUUGUAAUGACUGUUGAACUUACCUUAGUUAUUUCUUUUGUUAUUUGCUGUUAGACAUUUAGCCUUAGUGUUGCGACAUACAACGGUUAGCGACAUUUAGUGUUAAAAACGUUUAACGUUGAUGCGACAUUUAACGGUACCACACAGAGUUUUGUAUUUGUGAUGUUUUUUUUUUUAUCUACAAUGUAUGUCGUAGAUGACAGUUUUGUCCUUUCGAUUUGCAAAAUUUCAAAUUUCAUUGUUAAUGUCUAGCCUGGCUUAUAAUAAUCACAUCAACUGUUAAAACACAAACGAGAAAAAUAAUUUUCAUGAGACAAGCAAUUUUUGUCGGACAUGUCUUCGAAAAUUCCUAUUUUUUUCAGUUUGAUGAACAGAAAGAAACAGUUUUAAUUCAUAAAUUGAAUAAAGCGAAUGUGUUUUUUUAAAGCACAUACUGAUGGCUUACCAAUUUAAGUUUUCAAAUAUUUUGCUCAAUGUUUGCAAUUAUUACCAUUUGCUAAAUUUGCGUAAUGAUAUUGGCAGCUCACGUUUUGUAAUAAAGCAGCGCAAAUGACGCAUUUGUGAUUUAAAGACAAUACUGACGAGAUUCCACAAGAGGACAUUUCAUAUAAAAUUGUUUAUUGAUACAGACAUGCUUGAAAGUGUGAAUUUCCAGAGCCGUUCUUAGUACAUUUCUUUAAGUAAUAAAAAUCGUGAUCCUCAUAGUUGUGCAGAUAUUUGAAGAGGACACUUACCUCCUCGCUAAUUUACGUACUACAUGUAUUUCUUUAAAAGACUUUUACACACCAUUUUCAUCGUCAACCCAGGUGUAUUUUAUAGACAUUUUUUAUUCUUAACUUUAAAUGCUUUUAUAGUUUAACUUUAAAAAUUUUAAAAACUGAAAUUGUAACCUUUACCAACACAAGAAUAAGAUAUCAAAUUCUGACAUGUAUUCAUGUUCAUAAUACACCUAAGGCCAAAAGUUCUGCACGGGUUUUAGAAGUGUAAUAACUUUUUAAAAUUUUGACCAAUUGUCCUAAAACCGGUUUUAUUUUAAUUCCUACACAAAUCUACAAAUUAUUGUUCUAAAAAUUCAAGUAAGCGACAAUGUCUCGGUUGAGUGGUCAUUGUGAGCACGAAUUUCACAUGCAAUAUACAACGUGUAGAUUCACGAUGUAAUUUUGAGUUUUUAUGUUUAUCUUGAUUUGACUAAACCUGACACGUCAUUCGCCAGUGCAUAUCUUUAAUUUAUAUUGACGUUAACGUCACAAUGAAACUCUCAAAUGAGGAACGUAUGCGCACUAUAGGCCAGUUGCAAGCUGGGAUCACUGCGGCGCAAGUUGCAAGAAAUUUUGGAGUUCACGAACAUACCAUUCGUCGUCUAAGACAACGAUACGGCGUUACCGGGAGAGUAAACGACCGUUGACGUACAGGACGUCCACGUGAAACUACACGUCAGCAGGACAGGUGGAUAGUUUUAACUAAUCUACGAAGACGUUUUGAAGUUCCUAUUCAUACUGCUAGGAUCACGCCAGGCAGGACACGUCGUCAUGUGAGCGCGCGUACGAUUCGACGUCGUCUACGUGCAAGACGAACAUAUUGCGGCGCCCGUUUGACACCUAGGCACCGCCGGAAUCGUAAUGACUUUGCCAGACGUCAUCAAAGAUGGCCAUUACAACGUUCGCGUCACAUCCUCUUUACCGACGAAUGCAAAUUUCAGAUUGAUUUCAACGACCGACGUCAGCACGUUUACCGACGUCGUAAUGAGAGGUUCGCCGACGCCUGUGUCAUGGAACGAGAUCGUUUCGGUGGCCCAAGUACAAUGGUAUGGGCUGGAUUUACGUACCAUGGGAAAACACGUUUGGUUUUCUUGGAUAACGUUAACCCCGGAGCUAGACGACGUGGCCUAACAGCUCAGCGUUUCGUCGUUGAAGUUUUACGUCCUGUUGUCGUCCCAUACAUGCGAAGGAAUCCUGGACUCGUUCUACAACAAGAUAAUGCAUCUUCCCAUUCAGCGAGGUUGACAAGAAAUUUCCUGGGUUAAAAUAACAUCGACUUUAUUGAUCCAUGGCCUGCCAUGAGCCCGGACUUGAACCCAGUAGAGCACGUCUGGGCGGACUCCGUGACAACAAUCUCCAUAAUGUAGCGGAAUUAAGGAACUUUCUCCAGCGUGAGUGGGCUGCUUUGGAUCAGCGAUUCUUGCAGACAGUUGUUUCUUCUAUGAGAAGAAGAUGUACAGCCGUAUGCAAUGCAGGCGGUGGACAUACCCGUUUUAGCGGGGAUUAUGUUCAGAUGUACUUGAAAUUGAAGUGAUAAACUGAUUUUGGUGGUAGUGUUAACAAAAGCUGCAUAAAAUAUUUUUUAAUGGAUAAAAUUUGUUCAAAUUUGGGAUUAUUGUGUGAAAAUGAAUUCAUUUGGGUAUCAAAUUAAAAUACAUGUAAAACGGAUACGUUAAUUUAUUUUAUUUUACUUUUUAUGCACCGUGCAGAACUUAUGGCCUUAAGUGUAUAUGAAUUUUACAUAGAAGUUUGUUCAUUUUACCGAGGACAUUAUCUACGUCAUUAAUCUUAUUAAGUCUUGUGUAAGUCAUUAUAGUGUGCAAAUUGGUUUGUUUACUUCAACUGAAUAAAAGUAUCUAGUUCUUU